AUGAAGUUUUCCAACACUCUGCCGCCCAUCCCGUUUGACCCGAAGCUGCUCACGAAUCCGUUCGACUCCAUGCGGUUCGUGCGAUACCGCACGACCUCCCUCGAGACCUCCCACCAGCACACCCUCCACGCCGAGCCCGACCUCGGCAUCCCCAUCGACCUCAUCGACCCCUCCACCUACAAGGCCACCCCUGGAGCGGCUCUUCCGCCCGAAGACGCGGUGCUGAUCCAGGUCGGCGCCGCGGAGACGCCCGAGGUGAAGAAGAAGAAAGCCAACGUGCGCGAGAAGCCCAGCACGAGCGUGUCGUGGCUGCGGCGCCACACCGAGUACAUCUCCGACUACGAACAGAGCACCAAGAAGGUCUCGCGCGCUGACAGUAUCGAAGCCCGGGUGGGCCACGCCACGCUCAAGCGGGCCGAGAAGGACAAGAGGAAGCGCACGCGCGAGGAGGUCGUGGACGCCAUCGACCAGGGGUUCGAGGCCGCCAAGGAGAUCCCCGUCCACCCCACAGACCCGUCGCUCAAGCCGCUCGAGAUCUUGCCCGUGUUCCCGGACCACGACCUCUGGGCCAACAGCUACACACUCGUCACAUUCGACGCCGACCCUGGCCGCCCGCGCGCCCAGAAGCAAGCGCUCCUCAAGGGUUUCUCGACGGAGGCUGAAGCCGAGGUCGGGCUGGCCAAGCAGAGCUUCGUGGCGUACCUGGUGCCGAAGAACGACGGGAACGACGACGAGGGUAAGGGAAAGAAGAAGGUGGGCGACGAAGACGACGAGGGGGCGGCGGUGGAAGAGGUCGACGGGAAGACGGCGGAGUACGAGUGGGUGCGCGAGUACUCGUUCAGGAAGGACCAGCAGCACAGCGCCACCUACUUCUUCGUGUGGGACGACGAAAGCGUGCGCUACAACGAGAUCCAGGCGAAGAUCGUCCUCGACAAGAUCAAAUCGCAGGCGGCCAAGGACGCCAUCCGCAGGCAGGCUCGCCCAUCGCAUUCGUACGUGACAACGCGCAACCCGACCGAAGAUGAGCUGGAGGCCAUGGAACUGGCCAGGGACGCACUGGCACCCUUCUAG